AUGGCCAGUUACAGCUUCAGGCAGAGCACCUCUUCCGUGGCGGGGGGACCUGGCGGCUCCGCGCUCCGCUUCGGUGCAGGCGGCUUCCGGGCUCCAAGCAUCCACGGGGGGUCUGGCGGCAGGGGUGUGUCCGUCUCUUCCGCUAGAUUCGUCUCUUCUGGCCCGGGAAGCGGCCUGGCUGGGGGGUAUGGGAGCAGCUUUGGCAGCAGCUUCGGUGGUGCCUAUGGAGGUGGUCUGGGCAGCGGCGACGGCCUCCUCUCAGGAAAUGAGAAGGCCACUAUGCAAAGCCUGAACGAACGCCUGGCAUCUUACCUGGGCAAAGUGCGUGCACUGGAAGAGGCAAACUCUGACCUUGAAAAUAAAAUCCGAGACUGGUACCUGAGACGAGGACCAGGCCCAGUUUUGGACUACGCUCCUUUCCACAAGACUAUCGAAGACCUUCGAGACAAGAUCCUCGAUGCCACUACGGACAACUCGAAGAUCGUUUUGCAGAUCGACAACGCCCGGCUGGCGGCUGACGACUUCAAGAGCAAGUUCGAGACGGAGCAGGCUCUGCGCAUGAGCGUGGAGGCCGACAUCAAUGGCCUGCGCAGGGUCCUGGACGAGCUGACCCUGGCCAGAACUGACCUGGAGCUGCAGAUCGAGAGCCUGAAGGAGGAGCUGGCCUACCUCAAGAAGAACCACGAGGAGGAACUGAGCGCCCUGGGAGGGCAGGCAGCUGGGCAGGUCAGCGUUGAACUGGACUCUGCUCCAGGCGUUGACCUGUCCAAGAUCCUGGCUGACAUGAGAGACCAGUAUGAACACAUGGCUGAGAAGAACAGGAAGGAUGCUGAGGCCUGGUUCCACAAGAAGACUGAAGAGCUGAACCAAGAAGUCGCUGUCAACACUGAACAACUGCAGAGCAGCAAGUCUGAAGUCACGGACCUGACACGCACCCUCCAAGGGCUGGAGAUCGAGCUGCAGUCCCAGCUCAGCAUGAAAGCCGCGCUGGAAGGCACCCUGGCCGACACGGAAGGGCGUUACGGUGCCCAGCUGGCACAGAUCCAGGGCCUCGUUGGCAGCAUCGAGGCGCAGCUGGCUGAGCUCCGGGCUGACAUGGAGCGCCAGAACAGCGAAUACAACAUCCUCAUGGAUAUCAAGACUCGACUGGAGCAAGAGAUUGCUACUUACCGACAACUCCUGGAAGGCCAAGAGUCCCAGAUGUUUGGUUCCCUUUCCGGAACUGCUGACAAGAGAGACAAGGUGGCGGAUGGAAAAUAG